AUGUCUAACUCUGAGUUCAUGAAGAAUGGAAGCCUGUCCCUCUGCACUGAAUUCACAUUGGUGGCUUUUUCUUCUCUAGCAGAGCUGCAGCUUGUCCUCUUUUGUGUUUUCUUGGUUAUCUACUUGUUUACAUUAGGAGGAAACCUCACCAUCAUCUGUGUGAUCUGGACCACCCCUUCCCUACACACUCCCAUGUACUUCUUCCUGGUCAACCUCUCCUUUCUGGAGAUGUGCUAUAUCAGCAGUGUGGUGCCUCAGAUGCUGGUGCACCUGCUAGUGCAACUCAAGACCAUAAGUGUGGGAGGCUGUGCAGCUCAGAUGUAUGUGUUCACCAUCCUGGGGCUGACAGAAUGCUGCCUUCUGGCAACCAUGGCUUAUGAUCGCUUUGUGGCUAUUUGUUACCCACUGCAUUACACUUUGUGGAUGGGCCCUUCUGUCUGUUUGAAGUUGGCCGCGGCAUCUUGGAUGACUGGAAUCCUGGUAGAAUCAGCCCAGACCACCUGGAUUUUCACUCUGCCCUUUUGUGGAGCAGGAACAAUUCAGCACUUUUUUUGUGACAUCAUGCCUGUGGUAAAAUUAGCUUGUGUGGAUACUUCCCAGAAUGAAAUUGUGCUAUUUAUUAUUUCUCUUAUCUUCAUUAUGAGUCCCUGUCUCUUCAUUCUGUGCUCCUAUGUCCGCAUUAUUUUAACCAUCUUGAAAAUGCCCUCAGCAUCAGGUAGACACAAAGCUUUCUCCACCUGUUCUUCUCAUAUCCUGGUUGUUUCUCUUUUCUAUGGCACUGCCUUGUUCACUUAUCUCCAACCCAAGAGUUCACACACCCCAGACACAGACAAGGCUACUGCUCUCAUGUACACUGUGGUCACCCCUGCUCUGAAUCCUGUUAUCUACACUUUGAGAAACAAGGAAGUGAAAGAAGCUUUUCGAAAGGUAACACAGAGGAAAUUUCGUAGACAAAUAGACUAG